AUGGAAUCGAAGAAAGCAUCCGUAUGGAUCAAUUGGGAGGUUGAUGGGCAGGUUUUUCAAACAUUUAAAGAUGCAUGUUUUGCACGGGGGCUGUUGGAUGAUGAUAAAGAAUAUGAUAAUGCUGUCAAAGAAGCUAGCACAUGGUCAACCGGAGAUUUCUUGAGGACCUUUUUUGUAAUGUUGUUGCUGUCAAAUUCGAUAUCUCGUCCUGAUUUGGAUCUUCAACAAGAAGAACUUGAAAAUAUCUGUCUAUCUGAAAUUGAAAAGUUGCUACUUACCAAUGGAAGUACAGUGAGAAAUUUUGAUGAUAUGCCAAGUGUUUCGGACAAUUGUGUUUCAUCGUCGAACAAUCGAUUGAUAAUGAGAGAAUUAUCGUAUGACAGACUAGCUCUUCAAAGGGAACAUGAUCGUUAUGUAAAGUGUUUAACUGCCGAACAGGAAAGGAUAUAUAAAAUUGUUAUGGAAGCGAUUGAAAAAGGUGAUGGAGGUGUGUUUUUUGUAUAUGGUUAUGGUGGAACUGGAAAGACGUUUCUUUGGAAGACAUUCUCAACUGCAUUACGAUCAAAAGGUGAAGUUGUAUUGAAUGUUGCAUCCAGUGGAAUUGCUUCACUUUUGCUGGAUGGUGGUAGAACUGCUCAUUCAAGCACCUAUGACUCACAAGCAAAGAUUUCAAUAUGUUCGAUAGAGCCUAAUAAGUUUUUGUGGGAUUUAACGUAUUUCCAGCAAAGAGCGAUUCUUGCUCCAACUAAUGAAGUAGUGGAUUCAAUAAAUAAAGAGUUGUUAGAGAGUCUGCCUGGUGAAGAAAAGGUUUAUUUUAGUUCAGAUAGUUUAUGCCAAUCGGAGGAAGAAUCAGAGCUUAAUAUGGCAUUGUUUCCUCCUGAUGUGUUAAACAAUAUUUGUUUAUCUGGUUUACCUAACCAUAAAUUAGUACUGAAACUUGGUGCUCCGGUGAUGUUACUCAGAAACAUUGAUCAGGCAAACGGAUUGUGUAAUAGUACACGUUUACAAAUCACGAAGCUCGGAAAAGUUGUGAUUGAAGCAAAAAUUAUCACAGGGACUAAUAUAGGUCAUCAUACUUUGAUUUCAAGACUGAAGAUGACACCUUCAGAUAAAAGAAUACCAGUGAAGAUUUCUCGAAGACAAUUCCCACUUUCACUGUGUUUUGCUAUGACAAUAAAUAAAAGUCAAGGACAAUCAUUGGAGCGUGUUGGUUUAUAUCUUCCACGUCCAGUGUUUAGUCAUGGCCAGCUCUAUAUUGCUAUAUCUAGAGUAAAAAGUAGGAAGGGGUUGAAAAUUUUGUUUUGUGAUAAAGAGAAACGAGUCUGUACAACCACUACUAAUGUGGUUUACAAAGAAGUUUUACAAAAUCUAUGAUGAUACUAAACAUCUGUCAACCUGGCAACGUCUGUUGGGUAUAAUGG